CGGAAUGACCCAAAAGCCGAGCACGAAGAGACGAAUUCGCAGGCUUGGUGUGUCUAGAAGUUUCUUCCUCCUCUUUCUCUCCGUUCCAAGCUCUCUCAUUUUCUCUCUCUCUCUCUCUCCUCGCUUUUUCCAACCGGUGUAUUCUCUGCUCUACCAGCUCUCACUCUCUCUACUCUGUAAAAGCUCUGGAGAAAAGAAACCAUGAAUUCAGAUGGUUAUACGGUAGAAGUUACGGGCCUUUCUUCGAAAGCCACAGAGAAGGAUGUCUAUGAUUUUUUCGCUUUCUCUGGUGCAAUUGACCAUGUCGAAAUCGUCAGAUCUGGAGAAUGUGCUUGUACUGCUUACGUAACGUUCAAGGAUGCAUAUUCUCAGGACACUGCUUGCUUGCUCAGUGGUGCCACAAUCAUAGAUCAACGUGUUUGCAUAACACGCUGGGGACACUAUCAAGAUGAAUUUGAUUUUUGGAACACUCCACAGAGGAAUGAAUACGAAACUAGUUCCAGUCAUUCUGAGAGAAGUCAAUUUGUAUCUAAUGCUGGGGAAGCAGUGACUAUGGCACAGGAAGUGGUCAAAACCAUGCUAGCCAAGGGGUAUGUACUGGGCAAAGAUGCAAUAGCUAAGGCCAAAAGCUAUGAUGAAUCUCAACAAGUUUCAGCAACAGCAGCAGCUAAGGUUUCUGAGCUGAGCGAAAGAAUUGGCCUCGCUGAUAAGAUUCACGCAGGAGUUGAAGCUGUGAAAUCUGUAGAGGAGAAGUACCAUGUCUCGGAGAUGACCAAGUCCGCCAUGUUGGCAACAGGAAGAACGGCUACGGCAGCUGCGAUCACGGUUGUAAACAGUUCCUACUUUUCUAGGGGAGCUCUUUGGGUUUCAGGUGCUCUAGAUCGAGCUGCCAAAGCUGCUGCAGAUUUGGGUAACCGAGGUGUUAAUAAUUGAGGUGUAUUGUUUUCGUCUUAGUACUCCAUUUUGUUCUUGUAUACUAAGAAUCCUUGUAAACUAUUUUUAGUCCAUUGUUGUAUACCGUUGUAGAUAUUGCAGUCACUGUAAUCUGAGGAGCCAGAAAAGCUGUAAAAAUUGAAAAACAAAAAAGAAAAAGAACAUUAACAACAGCUAUCAACAA